CUCUUGCUUGCCGGCAUACCAAGACGGCGCCACUUAUACCACCCUUAUCCCUCUCGCUCUCCACUCAACCCGACAUACCUACGUAUAUGUGGCAGCAGUAAGGCUAGGGUCUCGCAUCGCACCUCUCUGAAUGGCAUUGGACAGAAACCAACGACGCCCAUUGAGCGCUGUACACUACUAUACACACUGCACAACGCUUUUAAUCCUUUCUAUUCACUCCCUCACCAACCCCUACCUCUCGCCGCGGUUAUCGGGAGGCUCAUACACAUUAAUCAGGAUACCAUAUCAUACCACACCCUUGCCACAAGGCAAAAUCAACAGUUUCUUUUUAUCUAACGCUCCCUUCCGGCUUCAUGUGUCUGAGGGAUAACGCUGUCAUGACAACAUGUCAACCGGAGGCAUCACUUUUACUUUAUUUAAUUUUCUCCCCCUUUUAUUUUCAUAUAUUUUGAUCCUUCUACAACCAACUAACUACACACGCCACACAUACACAAUCUGUCCCUUUCACUCUCUAUCCUUCCUGACCGCGUUGAAACCGAUAUCUCGUUUUAAUACACCGUCACCAAGGCCUGUUCUCCUGCCUCUUGAAUUUCGUUGUUGGUUCUCAUAUCCAUCUCUUAUUUUUUUUCCCCCUUUAAAUAUACCAUCUAUAUCAUCCUGGGUGUUCAUCAGGUGCUGGAACGGACGGGGAUGGGUCUGGUCAACUAGAAUAUUUGCUUGUAUUUUCUGUUCAUUGCAUGUACGUAUAUAGGAGCGUACUUUUCAUGCCAUUGAUGUUCAUAGAUAUCUACAAGGCUGUCAUCAUUAUUACUCUGCCCACUCCACUGUCAGUAACAAACCACUUUAGUUACUCCCUGUAGGUAUCCUUCUUCGGCUUCUCUGCUUCGCCCAUUAUACUCGCCAUCCUUGCUGCGCGCUCCGCUUUCAUGCCGGCUCUUUAACU